AUGUCUAAUGGAAAUACAACUCUGAGCUAUACACCAGGCGGUGCUGAUGAUCCAUCAAAUCCAUUUCAUUAUAUGCCUUCAUUGGCUCCUACUAUAGUAUCGUUAAUCUUCUUCAUACUCUUAUUUAUUAGUCUCACCAUUUUAACGAUCUGGAAACGAAGUUGGUAUAUGAUAACACUUUUAGUUGGAUGUAUUUUGGAAAUCAUAGGUUAUGGAACUCGAAUUCCAUUAGUUUCAAAACCAGUGGGACAAAUCCCUUUAUAUGCAUGUAUGAAUGGUUGUCUUAUAAUUGCACCUGUUUUUAAUGCUGCAAUUGAAUAUGUGUUAUUUGGUCGAUUAGUUCAUGCUCUAGGUGAUCAAUAUUCAUUAAUCAAACCAAAAUUGAUUUCUUGGAUUUUUAUUAUUUGUGAUGCUUUUUCAUUUUUAAUUCAAAUAAGUGGUGCUGGAUUACUCACUUCAGCUAAAGAUGGUGCAGGCGCCCAAACUGGUCAGACUAUUCUUCUAGCUGGUCUUGGAAUCAAUCUCGGCUCAUUUGCUAUUUUCUGUCUUCAACUCUUCUAUUUUGAAUAUCGUAUAAGAAAAUCACCUCCGAUAUUUCCAAAUGGUAGUAUUUAUGAGAAACGUUGGCGACGAUUUGUCUAUAUUAUUUAUCUUAGCAGCACUCUUGUCUUGAUUCGACAAAUUUAUCGUGUAAUUGAAUUUGCUCAAGGUUUUACUGGUUAUUUAGCAGUUCAUGAAAUCUUUUUUUAUAUUUUUGAUACAAUACCUAUUUUUAUAUCCAGUGCACUCUACGUUAUUUGUUUUCCUGGUAAUAAUUAUUUACCACCAAAUCAAAAUGACACUUUUGCUACAAUGAACAAUAACGAAUACAAUUCAAACAAAACGAAUAAUAACGUCAUCAUUCCUGAAAAGAAUCUUGUUCUUAAAGAAAUGUUUUAA